GUAGACCAAGUUAGACUAAUAUUAAGACAAUGACAUAAGCUAUAAACCACAUAUAUAGCAGAAAUAUUUGACCACCUACUAACAAAAUGCAUGGCAUGAGGUAGCUCUCAUUUGGAGUAAUCUCAAUUUUUUAUUUUUAUUUUUUUUCCCGCUAUUUUUGAGGUGUCUCUAGUUUCAGUUGCCAGAUGCCACCAUUCCAUGUCCCAUUGUAGCCCAAGUUCCUCCACCUGGCUUUGUGUUGAAUCAAUCUACAUCCUUGUUUGUGUUGAUCAUGAAAUAUGAUAAGAUUUUGAUGAAAUGUGUAUGAAAAGCCAAAAAACCUUCAACAAACAACCACACCCUAAACAAUAUAGGACACAACCCUAUUUAGUAAUCUUACGUCCUACACUUUUGGGGACUCUUUCUCUCAUACUAUCUCUAAAUCCUCCUCUCCCCCUAUAUAUAGAGGUCAAGUGAAGGGCUAGUAUUUCCAUCCCUCAGCUGAAAAAAAAAAGGUACUUUCUAGUGAGAGAAAAUGAGUUCCAAGGCUUUUAUAUUAGUAUUCCUUUGUGUUCUGUUUGCAGCCAGUCUUCUCAUCUCUUCAACUGCAGCAGAAGAGACAUCCCAAGACGUGAAAAAAACGGAGGAAACAAAUGGAGCAGAUACUCGCUGCAAAUACGGCUGCUGCGGCGGUUAUAGUAAAUAUGGCGGAUGCGGAAAGUGCUGCAGUGAUGCCAAUGAGGCUCAAGCUUUCGCUGCCCAAACCACAUCUGUGCCUGAAAAAGCGGAGGAGGAAACAGAUCAAAUAGGUGGAGGUAGGUGCAGAUACGGCUGCUGUGGCGGUUACAGAAAAUACGGGGGAUGCAGUAAGUGCUGCAGUAACGCCAAUGAGGCUCAAACUUUCACUGCCCAAACUGAAUCCAUGCCUGAAAAAGAGGAUGCCGUGAAAGAAACCGAUCAUUAUCAUUAUGGGGACCAUUGCUACUACGGCUGCUGUGGUGGUUGGGGCUACUAUGGAUGCAAGCAGUGCUGCAAAAAUGCUGCUGAGGCAGCUGAUCAUGAAACAAAUGAGCAGAUAGAUGAUGCAAAGUAUGGCGGCGGAUACGGUGGAGGACGUGGCGGCGGUUAUGGAGGAGGACGUGGCGGUGGCGGUGGUUAUGGAGGAGGACGUGGCGGUGGCGGUGGUUAUGGAAGAGGUGGAGGAGGGCGUCACAGAGGUGGACGUUGCCCUGGCUGCUCUGAUGCAGAAGAAGCUGGCAACACAGAAAUGAAAGCCAAGCCUUAAAUCUAGUUCCAUAUGUAACCUAUAUAUAUAUAUAUAUAUAUAUAUGCAUCCAUGCAUAUAUCCAUGUUCAUAAAUAAUAUACAUGGGCUAGAGUAUGAGCAAUACAUGAAUAAGGUGCAGGGGGGUUGUGUGUUCCCACCCAUGCCCCAGGGUUAUAUCCCUAAAUGUUGACUCCAAGUAGACAACUCCAUGUUUGGUUCGAUCUGUCCUUGCAAAUUAAAUUUAGAAGUCCGCUGCAAUAUGAAAUAGUCCUUCACUUUCA